AUGUCAGUAAGUAACGGCAACGAUGAUGCUGAGCAAGCAUUAGAAUUUUAUCGUAAGGCCUUGAACUUUAAUGUGAUAGGUAGGUACGAUCCCAAGAUAAAGCAGCUCUUAUUUCACACACCGCAUGCAUCAGUGUACAAAUGGGAUAUUGAAAGAGAUGAAUGGGCAAAACUAGAAUACCAGGGUGUACUGGCGAUAUAUCUAAGGGACAUCGGAAAUGGGCAGGACUUCCUUCCACCACAGGACAGUACUAUGGAUGCAAGUGUUCUAGCAGGAUCAAUGACCCAAGGUAACGAGAACUAUGGGCAGGGUCUAAUGCUCUCUGGAAGGGAUAUAUAUAAUUACGGUUUAAUUAUACUGAACAGACUUAAUCCUGACAACUUCUCAAUGGGGAUUGUGCCGAAUAAUGUCGUAAAUAAGAGGAAGGUUUUUGAUUCCAUUGAGGAUGCAGAGAAUCCUCUUGAGUGCAUGGGAGUAGAGGUCAAAGAUGAACUUGUAAUAAUCAAGAAUUUAAAACAUGAAGUAUAUGGUAUAUGGAUUCAUACUGUCGAAGACCGCAAAAAUGUAUAUGAGUUAAUAAAGUAUUUGCUGGAAAAUGAGCCAAAAACAUCAUUCGCUUAG